AUGGUGAAUAGAAACCAAAAUGUUGAUGAUAUCAUACGUCAAGUUCGACAUGACGAUGUGGCAGCAGAUAAUAACCUAGUAGCUAUAGUCGAAAGAAUCAUGGUUCGAAACAGGGUAAAUUUUGGCCUUAGAAGGCCAAAUUAUACGUCGCCUUUAGCAGAGUAUAUCUUACAAGCAGAAGCACCCCUUAGGACCAAAAUCCCCAAAUUCACCAAGUUUGCUGAGGAUACUAUCGAGUCUACUGUUGAGCACGUGGCGAGAUAUUUAAUCGAGGUUGGAGAUAUGUCAAAUAAUGAGAGCCUUAGGAUAAAAAAAAUUCCAAGUUAUCUCACAAAGAAUGCUUUCACAUGGUUCACGACCUUACCCCAAAAUUCAAUCCACACUUGGAACCAACUGAAAAGAAUGUUCCUUGAACAAUUUUACAUGGGGAAUACGAAGAUAAGUUUGAAGAAAUUGGCUAGUGUCAGACGAAAGUUCACUGAGCUAAUUGAUGGCUAUCUAAACAGAUUUUGA